AUGGAUGCGCCGGAUGCACCGCACACGCCGAAGUACAUCGACGGCGGUGCGACGGCAACCGCGCCCGGCAAAUCGGCGUUCGUCGAGCUCCAGCAACAUGGGUACGGUGGCAUCCGGAGCGGUUAUCAGCAUUUUAGCGCACAGGGCGGUCAGGAUUCGGGCUUUCCGAGUCCGCGCGGUGCCCUCGGCUAUCCGUUUCCACCGAUGCACCAGAACUCGUACUCUGGGUAUCAUUUAGGCAGUUACGCACCACCCUGCGCUAGUCCACCAAAAGAUGAUAAAUUAGAAGACACCGGUCUGCGGGUAAACGGCAAGGGCAAGAAGAUGCGAAAACCGCGCACCAUCUACAGCUCCCUGCAGCUACAGCAGCUCAACCGAAGAUUUCAGCGAACACAGUACCUUGCGCUACCGGAGCGAGCCGAGCUCGCCGCCAGCCUCGGGCUGACGCAGACACAGGUUAAGAUUUGGUUUCAGAAUCGACGAUCCAAGUACAAGAAGAUGAUGAAAGCCGCCCAAGCACCGGGCGUUGGAGGUGGACUUCCAUUGGGUGGACCGAACCAGGGAGGCCACAGUCCGUCACAGCACCAGAACAUGCAUCAAGGUAAGAGACCCGGUGGUGGCUCUAGCAGUGGUUCGCCUUCGCAUUUCCUACCUCCCGGACACAGUCCAACGCCGUCUAGCACACCCGUCUCGGAACUAUCACCUGGUCUUAGUCCGCCCUCGCAAGCACCCUGGGAGCAGAAACCGCCACCGCAUUGGGCCGACCACAAACCACCGCAGAUGGCACCGCAGACGAAUCAUGCACCUCCGCAACCGACCCAUGCACCGCAGAUGGGUGGCUACGUACCUCAGUACUGGUAUCAGCCGGAAACGAACCCGUCGCUGUUAACAGUGUGGCCAGCGGUUUAACAUAACGAGAAUGUAAAUUAUAAUUUUAACCAUCCCUAGUGCAUAAGACGGUAAGAAAUAACUCUCCUAGAUAAGUGUGGUGGCAUAGGUAGCGAUCCUAUACUGCCGGCAUAAACCCUUAGAACAAUGAACCGAAGGAAAACAGUAAGAAAGAGCAGCGCAGGAAAGAAAUAAUCGUAAAAAAACAUUAAACACUAAAAACCAAUUCAAAGAUGGCGACGCGCCAGACAUUUAGUAGCUGGAAAGCGAAGAUCCCGCAAACGAGCGAGAAAGCGGGAGCGCUCAUCCUAUGAUUUUAAUCCUGGCACGUGAUCUGUUCAUUUUAUAUGACGUUUAUAGGGAAAAAGUAAAGUAAAAGCUAGUGCGCCACGUAGGA